ACUAAAGUGUUAUAAUUAAAAGUUACUCCCGAGAAAGGAAUAUGAACCUCCCUCUAACACCCCGCCACUAGGCGUGCACGUAACAACUAACAAGAACUGAAAACCAGUCACAGAGACAUAGGCAAUGAUAACAGACAAUCAAGGAGUGCACUGAACAUGUAAGGGGCACGGCCAUGGCCGUGACAAUCUCACAAUGCCUGCAGCACAUGUGUCUUUUUUUGUUCUGCUUAGGGUACCUUGAGUCAGUGGAAACUCGUCAUGAAGUCAUUGUUAACCUUGGAAAAGAUGUAGUCCUUAAUUGCAAGCUCAUGCAACAGCUGGAGGUUCUUCAAGUCACGUGGAAUAAAGAAGGUGCAAAGACUAAACAAGAUGUGGGCACCUCUAAUAAACGCCAUGGUCCUGUGAUCAACUCUCCUUUUAAGGGGAAGGUAGAGUUUAGGAACCCUGGACUGCACAACAAUUCUAUUGUUAUCAGGAAUGUGACAUGGAAGGAUGAGUGUUGCUACAAUUGUCAGUUUAUCAUCUACCCAUACGAAGACAUCUCUGAGAAGCACUGUAUCAAAGUUCAUGAGCUGUAUGAACCCAGUCUCCUCACAACAAAAACAAACAACACCAAUGGCGACUCAUUCGUUUCCUGCUCUGCCACUGGACGGCCUGCUCCAACUGUGACGUGGGAAAUCCCUGAACAUCUCCCUCUGUUAAACUCCAGCACUAUCCACGUUCCUCACCCCAAUGGAACCAUCACUGUCACCUCAACCGGCAGGGUGACAGUGGCCCAAGACACGUUGGUUAGGUGUGUGGCAUCACAGUCCCCAGGGGGUGCCAGCAAAGAGGCGUCCAUGUUGAUUACAGCAACUGACCAAGCGUUUGUUCCAUCUGAACAUGUGGAUGAGGUCACAGAGAGAAGUCACCUAGUGAUUAUAUCUGUGUGUGCAGCACUUUCUUUAGUGGUUCUAAUCACACUGGUUUUAGUAUGUUUGUGGAAAAAGAGCCAGUCCUCCAAUAUCUCUGACAGGGAUGAAAACAUACGCACUUCUGAAGAGGCGACGCCAAGAACCCAAACCAUUACCACUCCACAUAGAAACAACACUUUGACUCAGCAAAUGCUGCUAAAUAAAACACAAUCCCCUAGUUUGACUGGUAACUUCAAAAGAGAUCUCUUCAAUGAGUUUAAUAAGGAUUCAAGCUAAGCUUGUUUGGGGACAUAUUGCAGCCAAAGUCUCAAUGAAUCAAGAUAAUGGUAAUGACAAUGGUGAAUGGUAAGAGUAUUUAAAGAUGCAGUCAGAAAUCAGGUGCAGUCAGAUCUUAUUGUUGAUGCAUGCUGUUCAUGAUUAAUUCUUUUUUCAUUUCAGGAACUUUUAAACAAGACUUAUUCCUGCUGAUGUGAUAAAUCCACUGAGCCAGAGAGAUGGUGCUGACACUACAGUACAUUGCAAAGAAAUUGUUGAGUUGCUGUGAUCUAAAUCAGAAAUUAAUUCUCAUACAUUUUGUUCUUGUUUAUUUUUUAUGUUUGGUGGUAUGCUACCUGAGGUGAACCAUCUGAAAGCAGACAUUGUUCUGACUGAUUUAAUACAUACAAUUUAGAUCCAUGACUUUCUACAAGUAACUAUAUGUAAUUUAAGUGUCAACGUUAUUUCAGUUUUUAUGUCACUGUAAAUUUGAUUAAAAGCCUGCUGAACGCU